GAGUAGCGGACUGAGUGAUUCAGCCUGCUACACUCCCGGUCCGAUCAUUAUUGCGGGCGCGCUCCGAGCACCAACAACGUUUCGGUUUAGGGAUAAUUCCUUAUGAAGCAUGGGACUACUAUUUAUUUGGAGAUGAGAAUAAUCGGAUAAUCAGUACUCGUAAAGUUAUUUUAAUGGAAAGAAAGGGCACAGGAACAGAUGGACCCUUGAGCCUUAACCUCACCGCUAGCCACCGGCGGCUGAUCAUCCCAAACUACAUUUCCCACCAGCACUUCCCCCUCCUUGCCCAUGUGGCCUAUGGCUCAUCAUCACCAACAUGGGAUAUGGGCAAGUCCUCCACCGAUGCGGAAAUGAGGAAGACCAGGUAUACCUCAACGUGGGAGGUGUCCGGCACGAGGUGGCAGAGGAGACGCUGCUCCGCUUCCCCCACACACGCCUGGGCCGCCUGCUGCACUGCCGGAGCGAGGACGCCAUCCUGGAGCUAUGCGACGACUACAGUGCCACUGAGCGCGAGUACUACUUUGACCGCAAUCCCCACAUCUUCAUCAGCGUGAUCAACUUCUACCGCACAGGCCGCAUCCACAUCAUGGAGGAGGUAUGCGUCUUCUCCUUCAGCCAAGAGAUUGAGUACUGGGGCAUCCAGGAGCUCCACUUAGGGGAUUGCUGCAGCAACUGGUUCCAGGAGCGCAAGGAGUACAUUGAGGACCGCGACUGGGACGUCCAAAGCGACGACGUGCAGCCGCCCAGCUUGGACUCGUCCUUCGAAGAGCUCUCAGCCAUGGACAAGGACCUGGAGAAGUUCAAGGGGGCGUGGUGCGCCGAGGUGCGGAGCUACGUGUGGAUUAGGCUAGAGGACCCCGGUCAUUCGCUCUCAUCCAAGAUCAUCGCUGUGGCCUCGCUGAGCGUGGUGCUCACCUCCAUCGUGGCCAUGUGCGUCCAUAGCAUGCCCGAGUUUCAGAUCUUGGAUGAGAACGAGAGACACAUCGAGGACCCCGUACUGGCCAUCCUGGAGGUGGUCUGCAUCGUCUGCUUCUCGGCCGAGUUCAUCAUCCGGUUGAUCGUAGCCCCCUCCCCAAGGAAGUUCCUCAGCAACACCCUGAACAUCAUCGAUGUGGCCUCCAUCCUGCCCUUCUACAUCACGCUGGCCUUUGAGACGGUGGAUGAUGAGAACAGCGAGGAGAACGAGAACCUGGAGAACGUGGGCAAGGUGGUGCAGGUCCUCCGGCUGAUGCGCGUCUUCAGGAUCCUAAAAUUGGCCCGCCAUUCGGUGGGUCUGCGUGCGCUCGGCGCUACUGUCCGCCAUAGCUACCACGAGGUGGGCCUGUUGCUCCUCUUCCUAUCUGUGGGCAUCUCCAUCUUCUCCGUGCUCAUCUACUCAGCAGAGAAAGAGGAGGAGGACACUGAGCUGGGCACCAUACCCAUGGGCUGGUGGUGGGCCACCAUCACCAUGACCACCGUGGGCUAUGGUGACACCUGCCCAGUGACGUUGCUGGGGAAGCUGGUGGCCACCCUGUGCAUCCUCUGCGGCUUGCUGGUGGUUGCCUUGCCUAUCACCAUAAUCUUUAACAAGUUUUCCAAGUACUACCAGAGGAACAAAGCCAUUGAGGAGGGCCUGUGUCUGAGUCAAAAGGCGUCCGAGAGACACGACCUGGAGCUCCCUUACCAUAACAUCAGAGACCUCUACGCCCAGAGUCUGGGCGUGUACCCCUUCAUGGGCGGCCUCGCCUUCAAGAACAGUGAGAGUAGCGGUGGGGAUGAUACGGACGCCUCCAGCCUACAGGACAUAGAGGAGGUGUGUGACACAGACACUCUGGACAAUGGGGCAGUGAAAUGAAGCUUGAGGCUUUAGAAAGCUCAAUACACCGCAAAGGAGCCCUUUAUGGUUCUCAGGGUCAAGCUCUCCAUCGUUAACUCUUAAUAUGUCUUCCUUUCUUGGCUGACUAGACUUUCACAACACUGUGGCCAUGGCCACAUGGGAUUUUUUCUAUUCUGAUAAAUAUAUCCCUGAACUGAGAGGGCACAGAUGACUGACUUGGAUCCCCCUUAUAAAGGUUUGAAUGUAAUUCAUCUAUUAGGCCAGAUAUUGCAACGUUGCAUGCGUAUGUUUAAGGAAUUUGCAUUAUAUCGUACAGAUUUAUCCGCUCAAAAGUUCAGUAAAGGUUUGCAUAUGCAAAGAAAAACUAAAUUGAUUAGAGAAAAAAGAAGAGUGACUUCAAAUUCCGGGUUCGAUUGAUGUUUCAACCUCUGCAUGAAUAAAAACACAUAAGACAAGUCAUCAAUAAUGGGUAGUGGGAUCAUUACUUUGAGACCACAGUUACUGUAGAUAAAGAGACAGAAAUGACCUCUCUCCAAAACCUCUCAUGCUAUAAGCACUGAUGUACAGGUCAUUUGAUUAGAAAGUCAUUGAGGCAUUGUCUUAGAAAUAUAUGUUGGCAUGCUAGCUCCCUGGGUUAGGCCGUAUGGACGUACUAAUCAAAUAAAGUCAGACCUGCGAAAGCUGA